AUGAAUCGCUCUGACUUAAGUUCUCCAUAAUUAAAAUAUGGCAUUGCUCGAAUUUUCUGGUCUCCCAACUGAAAUUCUUCCAUUGCAUAUUUAAUUAUGAGGUUGUUUUCCAGGCAGGGAAGCAAGAGUUGGGUGUUUUUUCCUAAAUGACUCUUGAUCUGGAAUCGAAUUUUACCAGAAAGGUACCACUUACUCAGGCGGUGGAUUGAGACCUUUAGGGUAUCUAACGGACCUAAGUAGGUAGCUUGAGCUCGAAGAAGAAUCUUCGGAGCCUAAGGUGGCACACUUUGGUGGGGGGAGGAAGAUGGCGUGAAUUCACCCCAGAGCGGUUUUGAAGACAGUUGCGGCAACAGGCAACCUGGAGAUGAUGUUAAACGAGAAUCUUACUCCUCCCUUUAAAUAGGAAAAAACAUAGGUAAAAUUUUCAUUUUUUGGGUACUUUAAACCUUUAAACUUAAGCAAUUUUUUUUUCAAUAGGAAAAUUUUAUAGGUGAAAAAUUAAUUUUUAUAAAAUUAGUUUUAACCAAAAUGAAAAAGUGCAAAUAGAAUAUUUUUAGAUGGCUUUUACACUUUAAUAAUUAAUUUUUUGAAUUAAUUCUUCAUAUUAGAUUCAAUUUAUAUCUUUUUAAUUUUAGCAAUUUUAAAAUAUUUGUUUUUACAAAAUUUAACCCAAUAAAAUUGGAAAUGGAUUUUUUGUUCCAAAAGGGUAGGAAUUAAUAAAUUUAAUUGUUAUUGCUAUUGAUUUAAGUUCUCCUCUUUUAUCAAGCCAACAUGACGUAUCAAAAAUAGACAGAAAUUUCAAAAAUAUUAAAUAUAAAACAUUCCCGAGGUAUAAACUGAUAUCACUAGUGCUCACAAUAUUUGCAACGAAAACUAUUUUUUCUUUUAUGUUCUCGAUGGGAUUGAAUAUUUUGUCAAUGAUGAUCAGCUCAAAUAACCACUUAAUAAUAACAAUAGCCUUGGUAUAUGGUGUCGUAUCGUAUUUUAUCACAAUAUUAGUGAUAUUGAACUUUAAAACAAAGAACCCAAAGCUAAGCUCCAGCUUUGUAACAAUAGCUCUUUUAGCGGUAUCAGAAGGAGUUCUCCUUAGUGGACUGUCUCUUUUCUUUAGCCCUGAAAUAGCGGUAAUUCAUUACAGUUUUCAAGUAUUUGCUUUUUAUUGGCUGUCUACAAUAGUCUAUAUUUCAGGCAGUUUUUCUCUUAUGAAAUCUUUGAUUGUUGUUUUAUGCAUUUCAAUUGGAAAAUCGCUGCUCUUACUCCCCCCCUCCGUGAGUGAACAAAAAAAUUUUGUUCACUCACGGAGGGGGGUUAAUUUUUUUUUAAAAAAAUUUAUAUAUAAAUUUUAUAAAAAAAUAUAUUUUUUCGAAAUUUAAAAAAAAAAUCCUAAUUCACAAAAAAUUUGGAAAGCAAAUAUUAAUUUAAUUUAUAAAAAUUUAUGUUUUAAAAAAGCAAUUUGUUUAAAAUUAAACAGAAUUAGCUCUAGAUUUCAUAUAUAAUUAUCAUUUAUAUAUAAAAAUUUUUUCUAUAAAAAAUUUUUGUGUUCACUCACGGAGGGUGGGUUUUUAGGCAAAAAAUAGGGAUUUUUCUAAUGGUUUUGUUCACUCACGGAGGGGGGAGCUAGUGUUUUAUUUACACCAAACCGUAUGGGAAAUUGCAAUUUGCUGUGGGAUUUUGGCUUAUGAAAGUUUAAUGGUUUUACUUUUAUCGAAGGUGACUUCAAAUCCUAGACAAUCUUCAAGUGUUCAAAAAGUUUUGAGUGUGCCAAUUAUGAUGUAUAAAGAAGUGUUUUUAUUUUCUAUAAAAAUUCUAAAUCUCUUAAUAAAUGGAGGAUGCUCUUUCAUAUAAAAUAAUUGCAGCAGAUCUUAAAAAAUAUAUAUGAAAUUAAUGAAUAUGAGUCCAGAAUAAUUUGAUAUAAACUCAUAAUUAAAAUAAAUUUUUUACAUUAUUUUAUAAAUAUUUUAUUUUAAAGGUGGCAAGAAUAUUGUGGGAAAACUGAAGUUCUAUUCAUUAUUAACUGCUUGGAUGUAAGCUGUUUUGCCCUUGGCCUUCGCAAGCAAGAAUUAGUAGAUGCAGAUAUUAAAGAUUUUCAUCAAGAAGAAGAUGAUUUUUGUAGGGAAAACAUAAUAGAGAAUUGCAAGAAUGAAGAUGCUGGCCAUAGAGAGAGGUCUAAUAGUCAUUGGUUUGAAGAUUGCUUGCAGCCAAGCAGUCUCGAACAAAGUAUAGCAUUUAGUAUUAAAGACAGAAAACAAGCUUUUCUAGAUAGUGAAAAUACUAGAGAGCCAAGCUUAGAAGAAGAAAUUUCAUUCUUAAAGUAUAGCGGCUUUUUAAAAGAUGACAAGUGGUGAUUAUGUCCGAGUCACUGCUGAGUGGGAAUUGAACUCCAUAUGUUAGAAAGAUCAGGGUGGGAUUUUCACUGAUCAGGAUACCAUGAAAUCUAAGGCGUUAAAAUCUACUCGAACUUCUGGGAAGCAAUAUACAUUUGAUAAAGGCGAGGUAGCCCUGAAGGAGGUAGUUGCAUUUUCCUUCAUGCUCUGGACACUUAGAGAGCUAAGAGAAUCUUCUGUUGAAAAGCCAAUAGUCCCGAGAGAUUGCUAAAGUCGCCAAUUUUGGCAGCGUCGACAAGAAAAGGGUGUGGUGUGAAUCGGUGACUAGGGCUGACUAAGCAUAAAAGCCAUCCCCACCUUUCUCAAUACCAAACUACCUAGUCUUGAUAAUAAGGAAUAAGAGAUGUUGCAGUAUUUUCGCUCCUACGCCAUAACAUGUUUUACACAUAUGUUUAAUACUUUAUUCCAUAUCCCUACUAUGAACAAAAUAUUUUAUAUAGCUAGAAAAUUUAGUUCACAUUUUUGUAUCAAAUUUAAAUGAGAUAUAUCAUGUUUUAUAGAUAAAUAAGUUAUUUAAGGAUAUUAAAAUGUAUUAAAAGCAUUAAUUUAGCGAAAACGAUGCUAGAUAUUGUAUGUGCCUAUGAUACAUAAUUAUGUAUGAAUUGGUUUAUGUGUGUCUAUCCAUUUUAAAGCAGAGUUGAACUGAAUUCAUGCUUAAAAUGCAAUAAUUAAGCGAACCCAGCGUAUUUCUCUAUUAACUCUUUUAUUUAUUAGUCUAAAAUUUAACCAUAUAAAAAUUUGGUUUGUAGUAGGGAUAUGAAAUAAAGUAUUAAACAUAUCUGUAAACAUGCUAUAAAUCGCACUUUAGUGUUUAAAAGCGAAAAUACUGUAAUAUAUCUUAGAUUUCUUAUUAUCAAAUCUAGGUAGCUUGAUAUUGAGGGGGGUGGGAGCUAAUUUUAUACUUGACCAUAGGGCCAUUGAAGCUGAAGCCAGCGGCAGGAUAAAGAAGGGUUGAAAUAAUUCCCGGGACAAUAGCAAUAAAUCUAAUAUAAUCUAAAGAACAGCGAAGAAAAAUUAAAACAAGAACUUAAUAAAAAAAUCGAGUAUCUCAACCAGUUACAAAAAAGCAAUGAAGAAAUUCGCGCUCAGCUUGACAUAUUAAAAGCAGAAAACAAAGAGCUAGCAAGAAAAAGCGGCAAAAGCCACAAAAAGAAAGUCAGAAUCGAGCAAUUAAAAGCUGAUAUAGCAAUGAUUGAAGAAAAUUACAUGGAGCAACUAAAUUUAUUAAAUGAAACAAUAAUAGCUCAAAGUGAAGAAAUUAAAAAACUAAAACAUCGAAUAAAUGACCAAAAAGAAGCAAUGGAAGAACAAUUCAGAAGAGAUUUUGAAGUAAUUAUUAAAGAAAGAGACCUUCUUAUUAAUGAAAUUAAUGACCUAAAGCACGAAAACGCUGAUCGAGAAUUGAUGCUUAAAAGACAUAUUAAAAAAGAAGAAAAAAAGCUCUCAUUUAUACAGAACAGCCAAUAUGAAGCAAUUAUUGACGACUUGCGUGAAAAAUAUAGAGUACUGGAAGAACAGUUAGCCUCAAUUACUAGAGAAAGAGACGAAAUUAGAGUCAGGGAAAGGACUUAUAGCGAGCCUCAAUUUUUAUAUAAUGAAGAAAAAGAGCUGUGCAUUUAUUGCAUGAAUCAAAAGAAAAACACACUAUUUCUGCCAUGUGGGCAUUCUUCUUAUUGUCAUAGUUGUGUCAUAUAUAUGGGGUUGCCGAUGGAUAAAGAAAGAGAAGAUGGGUAUCCAUUAAUUGAUUGUCCAUGCUGCAGACAGAAAGUCAAGAUCAUUCAUAGAGUCUUUAUAUAUUAG